CUUGAAUAUCUUUCUAUUUUCCAUCUCUAUCAGUUUCUACGAUUUUUCUCCAGGUCGCCGUACUCUCUAUCCAAUAAGGCGGCGAAAAAGGGGAAAAGCCCAUCCUUUCUCUCUCCCUCUCUCUCUCUUCAAAAAUAUAUUCAAUGGUUAUGGCGGCCUUUCGCUUUAUCUGCCCCUUCCUUGUUCCCAGCUCCCGUUAUCUUUCUCUAUUCUUUGUUCUACCCUGAUCCCUCUUUUUGUCACCGGCAUUCUCUCAUUAACCCUAACUUUCUGAAUUCUUUCUCCCUUUUGGAAACUGGGUUUUCCAGCUUGGUAGCCUGAACCCAGAGAGCAAGAGAAAAAAGGGGUUUUUUUUUCUUUUUUUGUAAAGCAAGGCUCUGGCAAUGGAAGAGCCAGGGCAGUUAAAAAGGGCGUUAAUUGACGCAACCGCCGGUGCCAUUUCCGGUGGCAUUUCCCGGACAGUUACUUCUCCUCUUGAUGUUAUUAAGAUCAGAUUCCAGGUUCAAUUGGAGCCCACAUCUUCAUGGGCUUUGCUUCGUAGAGAUCUUCCAGGAUCAUCAAAAUACACUGGAAUGUUCCAAGCAACAAAGGAUAUAUUUAGGGAAGAAGGUUUACCGGGCUUUUGGCGUGGUAAUGUCCCAGCUUUACUUAUGGUGAUGCCAUAUACUGCCAUACAAUUUGUGGUGUUACACAAAUUGAAAACAUUUGCUUCUGGUUCUUCAAAGUCAGCGGAUCACAUUAAUAUAAGCCCCUACCUGUCUUACAUCAGUGGGGCAUUAGCAGGUUGUGCAGCUACUGUUGGGUCUUAUCCUUUUGAUCUUCUACGGACUAUAUUAGCUUCUCAAGGUGAACCUAAGGUAUAUCCCAACAUGAGGUCAGCAUUCUUUGAUAUAAUUAGGACUCGUGGCUUCAAAGGAUUGUAUGCUGGCUUGUCACCAACACUGGUUGAGAUCAUUCCUUAUGCUGGCUUGCAAUUUGGCACCUAUGAUACAUUUAAGCGUUGGACCAUGUCUUGGAAUCGGUUAAGGUCUUCCAAUACAAGCUCAACCAUGGAUGAUAGCCUUUCAAGUUUUCAACUGUUCAUUUGUGGGCUAGCAGCUGGUACCUGUGCAAAACUUGUCUGUCAUCCGCUUGAUGUAGUCAAGAAAAGGUUCCAGAUUGAAGGUCUACAGAGGCACCCAAAGUAUGGUGCUCGAGUAGAACAUCAUGCUUAUAUGAACAUGUUUGAUGCCUUACGUCGAAUCUUGCAGUUAGAGGGUUGGCAUGGUCUUUAUAAGGGAAUUGUUCCAUCAACAAUCAAAGCUGCUCCUGCUGGUGCUGUAACAUUUGUGGCUUAUGAGUUUACAUCAGAUUGGUUAGAGUCCAUUUUGACUUGAACCUAACCUGGAUUUUCAUUUUUGUUUUCCUAUCUGUUACACGAGCCAUUCUUUUUCCCUGGAUUUUUGAAAAAGCCUUCAUAGAGAAUAAGAAAGGGGUAAUCAUAAUAUUACAUUCAAUUUUGCCAUUAUUUACGGGCACUAAGUUCAUAGAGUACAAAUUCAAGGGUGAAAUCAAGAUGUAGAGCGGAAUAACUUUUUGUAGCACUUUCUCAAAUUAAGGAAAUGCUUUUUCCUUUUUUCCA